AGCUCGCGGGCCCUCCUCCUGGUCUGCAGCGGCGUCGGCGGAGUUUUGGGCGUUCGGGAGGGGGCACGGGAGCGAGAGUCCAGAGAGGGAGGCGGCGGCGGCGGCGGCGAGGAGGAGGAGGAGGAGCAGGCGCCGCCAUGGCCGCCGCUAUCACCGACAUGGCCGACCUGGAGGAGCUCUCCCGCCUGAGCCCUCUGCCCCCUGGCAGCCCCGGCCCGGCGGCGCGGGGUCGGGCUGAGCCGCCAGAGGAGGAGGAGGAGGAAGAGGAGGAGGAAGAAGAGGCGGAGGCCGAGGCGGUGGCGGCGCUGCUGCUGAACGGCGGCGGCGGCGGUGGGGGCGGUGGAGGCGGCGGCGGAGUGGGGGGCGGCGAGGCGGAGACGAUGUCGGAGCCGAGCCCCGAGAGCGCCAGCCAGGCCGGGGAGGAGGAGGACGAGGAGGAGGACGAGGAGGAGGAGGACGAGAGCAGCAGCAGUGGCGGGGGCGAGGAGGAGAGCAGCGCCGAGAGCCUGGUGGGCAGCAGCGGCGGGAGCAGCAGCGACGAGACGCGCUCGCUGAGCCCCGGUGCCGCCAGCAGCAGCAGCGGGGAUGGGGACGGCAAGGAGGGCCUGGAGGAGCCCAAGGGACCGCGGGGCAGCCAGGGAGGCGGCGGGGGCGGCAGCAGCAGCAGCAGCGUCGUUUCCAGCGGCGGCGAUGAGGGCUACGGGACCGGGGGAGGCGGAAGCAGCGCGACCUCCGCGGGCCGGCGAGGCAGCUUGGAGAUGUCGUCGGAUGGGGAACCCCUGAGCCGCAUGGACUCCGAGGACAGCAUAAGCAGUACUAUAAUGGAUGUAGACAGCACAAUUUCCAGUGGGCGUUCAACUCCAGCAAUGAUGAAUGGACAAGGAAGCACUACUUCUUCAAGCAAAAAUAUUGCCUAUAAUUGUUGUUGGGACCAGUGCCAGGCUUCCUUCAACUCUAGUCCAGAUCUGGCAGAUCACAUCCGUUCCAUACAUGUAGAUGGUCAGCGAGGAGGGGUAUUUGUUUGCUUAUGGAAAGGUUGUAAAGUAUAUAACACUCCGUCAACCAGUCAGAGUUGGUUACAGAGGCAUAUGCUGACACACAGUGGAGACAAACCUUUUAAGUGUGUUGUUGGUGGCUGCAAUGCCAGCUUUGCUUCUCAGGGAGGGCUAGCUCGCCAUGUACCCACACACUUCAGUCAGCAGAACUCCUCAAAAGUUUCUAGCCAGCCAAAGGCCAAAGAAGAAUCUCCUUCUAAAGCUGGAAUGAACAAAAGGAGGAAAUUAAAGAACAAAAGACGACGCUCAUUACCACGACCACAUGAUUUCUUCGAUGCACAAACACUGGAUGCGAUAAGACAUCGAGCCAUAUGCUUUAACCUCUCAGCUCAUAUAGAAAGUUUAGGGAAGGGACACAGUGUUGUUUUUCAUAGUACUGUAAUAGCUAAGAGAAAAGAGGAUUCUGGAAAGAUAAAACUUUUGCUUCAUUGGAUGCCUGAAGACAUUCUGCCUGACGUGUGGGUGAAUGAAAGUGAACGACAUCAGUUAAAAACUAAAGUAGUUCAUUUAUCAAAGCUACCCAAAGAUACUGCCUUGCUUUUGGACCCAAACAUAUACAGAACAAUGCCGCAGAAGAGGUUGAAGAGUGUGAAGGGCCACGUUGGAGGUUUGCCUGGACGAUCGUGGCAGCGCUGAGAGCAUCUGGCCAGCCUGGAGCACUGGGGCAGGUUCCCUCGGAAGAGAACUCAGAGUUACCUUUUAAAGAUUACCUGGGACUCAGUGCUGGAGAAUGGAGGACAGGAUGGAGUAGUUUAGGACAGCGGGCGCUCCGUGUGCCGGAUGCUGGAACGGCCUGUGUGAGGCGAUGCUGGAGGUCUGGAGUGGUGGAGGUGAUCCUGCAGAGGUAAGGAGGGACCUCUGUUCACGGCCUUAUUUCCAUGCAUCACAGUUUGGGUUUCAUGUGGAAGAUUCAUGGGAAACUAUUUAAGGUUUCAGGAAGGGAACAAAUGGUCAGAUUUGUUUUGGCCACUGUGCCCAGUAGUACAUGAGAACCUGGGCCUGGUAGAGGGAUGACGGGGAGACUACUCAAAGUCUGUUCUGCCUCGCUCUCCAGAAAGGGGGAAAUAAGAAAAUCAUAAUUUUCAAAAGUGCGUAAGUUUUACUGAAAAGUAGGUCCCCCAGAAUUGAAAAUAAUAGAAUUUGUUACUGGGGAAAUUAAUAUAUUUUCUUUUCUGACAGUUCUUAAUCAAAUGUAUUAUCUAUUACAUUCAGACUUGCUUCGGUGAAGUUGAGGGCUAGACUAAGUGACGUUUUUAGCUCUGCGUUGUGUGUUGCUCUAAUUGUACCAUCAUGUUUUCUUUUAAAGUGGGGUGUGAAGUACAGAUUUUGUCUUUGUGAGAGGUAAAACAUCAAAAAUGUCCUUAAAGCACUUAAAGACGAUCUUGCCUUUAUGGUAUAUCAUAUUCAAACUGGCAGACAAGUCCUGCCUAGACGUAUUUCCAAAUAGGGGAAAACGUAGCCUCAUUAACAUGGAACUGAGCCAAGAAUUAUUUGUUUUUUGCUUCUAGCAUUUUGAUUUAAUUUGUGACAUUGUGCACAUCACUGAGGAACUUAGCAACAUAGGGAAUAUUCCCUGAGAUAGAGAAUGAUAUUUAGUAUAGAGAUUUGUUGAUGUUUGUAGUUUAUAAGGAAAUUAGAACAUGAGGCAGGUAUUCAAAGCAGAUUCGGUAAACAUCAAAUAAUUGAAAUUUAAUCCUUGCCAGGAAAAAAAAAAAAAGCAAAGUACAGAAAUGAAUCAUAGUGACCCAUAAAUAUGUGUGUGAUAGGCAUUUCCUGUGGUUGGGAACAUGGACCAGCGGGUCUGCCUUGGAUGCCGUAUUAUGAAGAUUGGCAGUUGAGGUACUACUAGAAGAUAAUUCUGAGGAUCGUUUCAUCCAUUCCUUGGAGAAAAUAUAAAACUGUUGGUUUGGUCUCUACCUUUUUAUUUCUCUUCUUGUUUCAAAAGGUUUCAUACUAUUAUGAAGUAUGAAGCAAGAUAAUAUUUUUUAAAACUAAUACAUUUAAUACAUAGGAAAAAUUUCAAUGUAAAGUACAGCUGGGAUGAUGUCCGCAAAAUGCAUGCUCUGAAGUUUUAUACAUUUGCUAGAGAUUGAUCAUCGACUUGCUACCUCUAAGCUUAUUGUGAAGCUAAUGUAAAGAGGAAGUUGCCAGGUUCAUACUGUUUACAACUCAGUCAUUAAGCACUUAGAAUUAGCGGGACAGAGGGCUAGGUGAAUUUGCAUAUCCUUCACGUUUGAUCCUUACACUUAACAUAUGAAAUGUGGGUUUCAUUAUUUUUGUUUUACAGAUGAGUUACUCAGGCAACUUACCCACGACUAUACAGUCAGCAAGUUGCCUAGCCUGGAGUUUGAACCACUUUUGCCUGAUUCUAAACCUAGAGGUCUCUUACCACGAUGCCUUUUGGAUAAGUGGUUUAUUAUUUGAAUGUAUUUUGCAGGCCUUUGUUAAAAGCAUAAGCAUCUCUGAAAGAAAGCAUCUUAGUUACUGUCGAGGAAUCUUAACCAAGUGUUGCUCAUCUUUCUCCUUGUCUCCUUCCAAGCGAUUUUCACUUAUUAAUGCAACUCUGCCUAAGGAUUGAAACUGGUUUUAAUUUAUGACAAACAGCAAGGUAAGUGUUGUACAAAACCAUUGGAAGUAUUUUAUCUUCAUUUAUUCCUUCCUUAAUGCUCUUUAUUUUUUCAGAUCUGAGUUUCUGACAUAUAUCAUUUCCUUCUCUCUGAAGAACUUCUCUUAAUAUUUUUUGCAAGGCAGGUCUACUGGCAAGAAAUUCCCCCAAUUUCUGUUUGUCUGAGAAAGUAUUUCUCCUUCACUUUUGAAGGAUAAUUUCACAUGAUACAGAAUUCUUGGUUGCUGGGUGUUUUGCUCUCAACACUUUUUUUUUAGUUAACUUUUUUUUUAUUGGAGUAUAGUUGAUUGACAGUGUUGUGUUAGUUUCUGCUGUACAGCAAAGGGAAUCAGCCAUACAUAUACAUAUAUCCACUCUCUUCUAGACUUCAUUCUCACAUAGGUCAUUACAGAGCACCGAAUAGAGUUCCCUGUGCUCUACAGUAGGUUCUUAUUAGUUAUCUUUUAAAUACGGUAGUUUGUAUGUCAAUCCCAAUCUCCCAGUUUAUCCUCCCACCCGCCCUUACCCUCUUGGUAACCAUAACUCUGUUUUCUACAUCUGUGACUCGAUUUCUCUUUGGUAAAUAGGUUCAUUUGUAUUAUUAUUUUUUAGAUUCCACAUAUAAGCAAUAUCAUAUGAUAUUCGUCUUUCUCUGACUUACUUCACUCUGUAUGACAAUCUCUGAGUCCAUCCAUGUUGCUGCAAAUGGCAUUAUUUCGUUCUUUUUUAUGGCUGAGUAGUAUUCUUUUUAUAUAUGUACCACAUCUUCUUUAUCCAUUCCUCCAUUGAUGGACAUUUAGGUUGCUUCCAUGUCCUGGCUGUUGUAAAUAGUGCUGCAGUGAACACUGAGGUGCAUGUAUCCUUUCAAAUUAUGGUUUUCUUCAGAUGUAUGCCCAGGAAUGGGAUUGCUGGAUCAUAUGGUAGCUCUAUUCUCUCAACACUUAAAUAUUUCAUUCCUCUUUCCUUGAUUGCAUGGUUUCUGAGGAGAUGUCUGAUGUUAUUCUUAUCCUUGGCCCUUAAAGAUAAGGUAUUUUUCGCCCCCUCUGGCUUCUUCCAAGAUUUUUAUCUUGGAUUUUCUGCAGUUUGAAUAUGAUAUGCCUACAUGUAGAUUUUUUUUGGCAUUUAUCCUGCUUAUUGUUGUCUGAGUUUCCUGUAUCUGUGGUUUGCUGUCUGACAUUCAUUUUGGGAAAUUUUCAGUCUUUAUCACUUCAGGUAUUUCUUCUGGCCCUUUCUCUCUUCUUCUAGAGGUAUUCCCAUUACACAUGUGUUAUACCUUUGUAGUUGUCCCACAGUUCUUGAAUAUUCUGUUUUUUCUUUUUUUUUUUUUAAGUCUUUUUUUCUCUUUGCUUUUCAGCUUUGGAAGUCUCUGUUGAUAUAUCCCCAAGCUCAUAGGUGCUUUCCUGAGCCCAUCAGUCUUUUUUCAUUUCUUUUAUAAUGCUUUCUAUUUCUGGCAUUUCUUUUUGAUUCUUUUAGCUUUCAUCUCUGCUUACAUUACUCAUCUGUUCUUGAAUAUUGUCUACUUUUUUCAUAGCAUGUUAAUACUUAUUCUCUUAGCAUAUUAAUUUUAAUUAUUUUAAAUUCCCAGACUGAUGUACACACUGCUAUAUUUAAAAUGGAUAACCAACAGGGACCUGCUGUAUAGCACAGGGAACUCUGCUCAGUGUUAUGUGGCAGCCUGCAUGGGAGGGGAGUUUGGGGGAGAAUGGACCCAUGUACAUGUAUGGCUGAGUCACUUUGCUGUGCACUUGAAACUAUCACAGUGUUGUUAACUGGCUCUGCUCCAAUAUAAAAUAAAAAGUUAAAAAUAAAUAAAUAAAUAAAAUAAAUUCCCAGUCUGAUAAUUCCAAAAUG